CGUCUCCCGCUGCAGGCGCCAGCGAACUAGCCGGCCGCCGGCGGGUGCAGGUGCGGACGCCCGGCCAUCACCGCGCGGCCGCGCAGCGACGCCGACGCCCCGGCCUGCGGCUCCUCGGCAGCGGGGCAGCUGGCAGAACCUGAGGCCAUGUCCCAUGAAAAGAGUUUCUUGGUGUCUGGAGACAACUACCCUCCUCCAAACCCUGGAUAUCCUGUGGGGCCCCAGCCCCCCAUGCCUCCUUAUGUUCAGCCUCCCUAUCCUGGGGCCCCUUACCCACAGCCCCCUUUUCAGCCCUCCCCCUAUGUUCAGCCAGGGUAUCCCCAUGGUCCUAGCCCCUACCCCCAAGGGGGCUACCCUCAAGGCCCUUACCCCCAAGGAAGCUACCCACAGGGGCCUUACCCACAGAGCCCCUUUCCCCCAAAUCCCUAUGGACAGCCAUCACCCUUCCAGGCACAGGACCCUGACUCACCACGGCAUGGGAACUACCAGGAAGAGGGGCCACCUUCCUACUAUGACAACCAGGAUUUCCCCUCUACCAACUGGGAUGACAAGAACAUCCGGCAGGCCUUCAUCCGAAAGGUGUUUCUGGUGCUAACCCUGCAGCUGUCAGUGACUCUGUCUACGGUGGCUGUGUUCACUUUUGUCCGGGAAGUGAAAGGUUUUGUCCGGGAGAACGUCUGGACCUACUAUGUCUCCUACGCUAUCUUCUUCAUCUCCCUCAUUGCCCUCAGCUGUUGUGGGGACUUCCGGAGAAAGCAUCCUUGGAACCUUGUGGCACUGUCAAUUCUGACCAUCAGCUUGUCCUACAUGGUGGGCAUGAUCGCCAGCUUCUACAACACAGAGGCGGUCAUCAUGGCUGUAGGCAUCACCACAGUCGUCUGCUUCACAGUGGUCAUCUUCUCCAUGCAGACCCGUUAUGACUUCACCUCGUGUAUGGGCGUGCUCCUGGUCAGUGUGGUCGUGCUCUUGAUCUUUGCCAUUCUCUGCAUCUUCAUCCGGAACCGCAUCCUGGAGAUCGUGUACGCCUCACUUGGCGCCCUGCUCUUCACCUGCUUCCUGGCAGUGGACACCCAAUUGCUGCUGGGGAACAAACAGCUGUCCCUGAGCCCAGAGGAGUAUGUGUUUGCAGCACUGAACCUGUACACGGACAUCAUCAACAUCUUCCUAUAUAUUCUUACCAUCAUUGGCCGUGCCAAGGAGUAGUGCCAGCUCCCCAAUGAGGUGGCAUGGCUGGUCCGGACCCUGCCCCUGGCAUGGCAGUGCCAUCUGUACUUCCCUCUCUCUGGUCCGCAGGCAUGGCCUGGGACAGAAGGAGCCCCUGUCCCACCCUUGUGUAUGUACACUGCAAAUACUUAAUUUGAACCUGCUGUGGUCACAGCAUGGCCCCUUUUAGCCUUCUUGCCCCUGACGAGGGGCAAUGGGACUGCAUUUGUGUGACACCACCUGUCCAGUCAUUGUUGCAUGAGCCCUGUCUGCCAGCCCACCCCAGAGUCUGGGAGCACCACCAGGUCUUAGAAGAUAGGGAUCGAGCCAAGAGCCGAGGGUGCACGUUUUUCCUCCAGUCCCAGCUCCCCCGGCAUAGAGUACCCUCUUUUCCUCCCCACCUUGCCCUCUGGGGGGACAUGCAGGGUGGAGUCUCACUCCUGUGCUGAGCCCUGAGAGCAGAGGGGAUGGCAUGUUUCAGGGGAGGAGCUGUCUUCUCAUGCUGUUGGAAUUAAAAUUCCAAUAAAGGGUACCUUCUGCUCUCUG